CACAGCUCGAGCAAGCAGCAAAACAACGUGGUCCAGCUCGUGGUCCUAUUCCUGCAAGGUGAACACACAACAAACGGCACCAGUGCAUUACAAUACAGCCAUACUGCAGGGUGGUACCAGCUAUCAGAGCUCUUGUCAUCACAACUUACGGUAUCCAUACAGAGAUAGAUAGCAAGACAGAUAGGUGCGAUACGAGUACCACAGAUAGUCAGAUAUACCGUAGUCCAGAAUGGGUCGCAACGUGAGAAUGCUCCUGAAGCUACAUGUACUACAGGUACUACUAGCAGUACUGCCAACGACGACAGUUGCGUUGGGCGGCGAAUUGGCCAAUUACACGACGUCUCCAUUGGACCUGCGUUUGAAUCAUCGUCAAAAUGUCUGUGCCCGCUACGAAUCAUUUCGCAAAGGUCAGAUUCCCCUCCGAGAUGCGCUAUCGGGAAUGGAACUGCGACCCCUCAUGCUGGCCCGCAAGUUCUUUGAAUAUUCGCAUGAGACUGGAAUUCCCCGUGGCGAUGCCGGGUUGUUGGCGACCAUGAUGGAUGAAUUGGCCACCAGUGCCAACUUUACGUGGCGGCAAUCGUUUGGGAUUAUGGAACUGCCAUCGACAUUCAACAAGACGUGGACGGAAAUGCUGCUGUGGGGUGUGGAAACCUAUGAUUUGGCCGUGUACUCGUGGGAUCAAUCCGUGGAACGAAUGGAAUUGGGUGUUUCCUUUAUUGAACCCUUUUUUGACGGCAGUUUGAUUUUGAUUGAUCAGAAAGAUCCACCUGUGGAUACCAAUGCCAUUAAUCUAUCCAACUGGACCAAGCCGUUUGAACCGGCCGUUUGGAUACUCAUUGGAUUGACCAUUCUCAUGUCCGCACUCGUCUAUCAGCUCAUUGAACAUCUCAAUGACGAACGAGAAAACAGAUCCAUGGGACAGUGGUUCUCAGAUAACUUUUAUCUCAGUUGGCUCAACUUUACGCAGAAUUUCGAAUACGCCCCCAACUCGACUCCGGGUCGAAUCUUUGGCAUUAGCAUGGGACUCUGGGGGUUGGUCAUGACAGCCACUUACACGGCCAAUCUGGCUUCCUUUUUUGUCGCCGAACUACACUAUCCCAUUGUCGUGGAGUCCAUUGAACAGGCCGUACAACUCGGGUAUCCCAUUUGUACGUAUGGGAAUACCAAUGCCGAAAAAAUGGUCAAGGAAAAGUAUCCCGAUGCACUCGGGAUUCUCAUUCCCAAAGAAAAUGAAUUGGAGACGUUUCUGGCACUCAAACGAGGCGAAUGCAAACUAGUCAUUGCCUACAAGGACAACUGGUUGAGUUUCCGGGGCAACAAGGAUUACAAUCCCGAUUGUGACCUCGAAUGGGUCGGACGGUCUAUUGAAACCAUCAAAUCGGGUAUGGCCAUCAAAUCCGAUGCCGGCCACAAGUGCACGUCGCUCAUUCGCGAUGUCAUUAAUCUGCACAUGGUCGAACUCAUCAAGAAUGGUGUGCUCGCGGAUGCCUGGGAAAUUCAUCGGGCCAAAACACGCAAUGUCGAAUGCGACCUCGACGAAGAAACCGAUACGACUCGACGUCGAAGGAGAAGGCUGGAACAACCACAAUCUACCACCAGCAUGAUGCGUGCGGUUGUACCAGCACGGGACAAUGACGACUACGAUGAUCCUGCCAGUAAAGUGCUCAGUCCAUCGGCUCGACGAAAAUUGAAAAGCGGUGGGGGAAGUGCGGCCAAGUCGACUUCGACAAGCAGCGGCGAACAAUCGUUGACGGUACAACAAAUGCUCGGAACAUUUGUGUUGCAUUGGGCAUUAAUGGGCGUCGCAUUGCUGGUCAGUGUCUCAUCGCCGUGGUUUCGAAGGGUCUUCAAUGCACCCAAAGGAGAACGAGUCACGUAUCGAACCCACGGACCCAUUAUUGGAAUGCCGCCACCACUCAACACGUAUGUCGUGAGCAACAAGCAGGAUCCUACUACUAGUGGUGAGUUUGGUACCGGUAAGCCAAAAGACUAUCGAGCCGCAAAACGAGAUAGCCACGUCAUGGUGGAUGCCAGUGCGAAUAGCGAUACUGGACCCGUGAUUCGGUUGAAGGAUCUCAUGGAUGUGAGUUUGCAAUCCAAUACUCGCUCCGUGACGGGGGCGACCACGGUAGUACCCGAUCAUCGGAGGAGUGCCCGGAACUUGCUGUCGUCAACGACGACGACAGACUGUACCACUGCCAUUCGGACCAACAGCAAUCAUAGCCACGUGCGAUCUUCCGGGACCACCGCAGUACGAGCAUCCGAUUAUCGAAAAAGUGUUCGGGAUUUGGCAGCCAUGGUGGAAGCAGCAGGUCCCAUUGACUUGUUUCCAAACCAUCACCAGAGUCCUAGCUGUCGCCAUUGUGGAUGCGCUUCUCCGCUGAUGAGCAGAACCAAUAGUCACGACAACAACGAGUUCUUGGAAUGUUCACCCAAUGGCAGUAGCUACAACAAAAAUUCUCAAAACGGUCGUCUCAAAAUGUGGCAGCCCAAGUACCGAGCCAAGUACAACGAUCAUGUGGAUGAUGAUGAGGAUAGUGAGAGUCCCGAACAGGGUUGGCGCGAAGCUCAUGAAGAUCUGCAACGGAAACAGCAGAGUAUGGAUACCAAGAUGGAUCUAGUGCUGCAGAUGCUGCAGGAAAUGAACGGUUCCAAAACAACAAAACUAUCGGCAACGACAGAAAGUCACUGCAACGAGAAGGAUGGAGAUGCUAGCGAGCUUUCUUCGAGGGCACUUCAAAAGAACGUGGAUGCUCGUGGAGAUUCCAGCCCGCCCGCCGCGACAGCACUCCACGAGACUUGCGACGAUCUACUGGGAGAUUCCCAGCAGCCGUCGUCGUCGACAGAAGUUGCUAGUCAAACGGAUGAAACAAAAUGAUGAUCCCAAGGAGCCGUCGCUAGCAAUGCGCGCGAACGCAGAUGUUGCCAUUCACAAUGGCGGCAUCGAGGAAGACUUGGGUGCUUCCCUCCACAAGAAGCUAUCCAUUAUUGAAGAAAACUCGCUUUGAACGGUCUUGUCAUUUUGACGGAUGGGUUCUCUGGUUCUUGGCCGCCUUGUGUUGGGGCGUACCAUACAAAUGUGUUGGGUGAAGCUUCAACAACACGCAUAAAUAGACUCAUACAUAUAUGCACAUCAUCCUUCCGGGUUCAUCUGGACGAACUACCAAAAUUGACAACGGCGGUUGUCCUCUUGAGUAACUACCCACAAGUAAGUAGGAAGCUAGGCGCACUCGAUGAUGUCCAUCUUUUCGCAGGAAACAGUAGCUCUGUGGCUCGCCUGAAACAUUUGGGCCCAAGGACUAAGCAGCAGGUGAGACCAGAAUGAAAAAUCGAAUCAAAGCCGUCCUGGGUGCUGACUUCUGAGUUUGUAGAUUUCCCCAGCUCAUGCUGGCUUAAAAAACGAAUCUUCGGUUUGGCACACCCGAAGAUCUUCUCCCUCUCAUCAAGUCUUCCAGCUAUCUCGGUCGGUUGCCUUGCAAGCACACUUCUGUUUCUAUUCUCACAAACUGCAGCAGCAAUUAACAAUAGUAAUUAAAAGUGGCGAGUGCCUUAGCACGUUUUCGCCUGCCUACCCU